AUGACGAUGAACAUCUACAUGCUGGUGAAUCUCUUUCCCUACAGUGGGACGAUGGUGAAGCAUCUCCUCUCGCUGGACACGAACGAAGUCGGUUUCUACGCCGGCUACGUGGCGAGCUCUUUCACGUUCGGGCGGUUCUUGAGUGGCUAUUUCUGGGGCUUCGUCACCGACCGCCUCGGGAGGAAACCGGUGAUCAUCAUGGGCCUGCUGUCGAUGAUUACCUUCUCCGUGCUCUUCGGGAUAUCCAGGAGCUACACUAUGGCCAUUACAACGAGGUUGGUUCUCGGGCUGACAAACGGCAUCAUGCCCGCCCUCCGAACCACGCUGAGCGAGGUUUGCGGGAAGAAGCACGUCGUCCGAGGGAUGACCUACACUAGCGCUGCUACGGCCAUCAGCUUGAUUUUUGGCACGGGAAUCGGCGGCCUCUUGGCGCAACCAGCUCUGCACUACCCGGGCUUUUUUUCCGCAACCGGCCUGUUCGGCAGGUUUCCGUUCCUGCUUCCGAACCUGAUGGGGGCGGUGAUGUCGGUUCUCACCCUCAUCCUCAUCGUUUUCUUCCUCCCAGAGACAAAGGAUUACGUCGAACAGCACAGCGGUGUUGCCGACGAGGUUUCGGUGUCCAAGAAGGGAGACGAGCCCGGGCUGCUCGGACCAAGCGGGUUGCUGGCCACACCGCACGUCAAAAUGGUUCUUUUCCUCACGUGCAUCAUCUCGACCGUUUCGAUCGGUUUCGACGAGGUGUACCCGCUGUUCGCGUUUAGCACCCCGGACGUCGGAGGGCUCGGCUGGAGCACCGUAGAGAUUGGAAAGGUGUUGGUCAUGACGGGCGUCCUUAUGGCAUGUUGCCAGCUGCUUUUGUUCCCGCCUCUCAUCAAAAUGGUCGGCAUCACGACCUGGCAACGGCUAGGCUGCCGGAUCGGAAUCGCCGCGUUCCUGGCUAUCCCUGCGGUUAAUGUCUUCAGCUGGAACUUCAACUCUCUUGUCGGCGUUUCCGUAGCGGCCAACACGCUCGCAAAUUGCAGCUGCGGGGCGGUCGACCUGGCACUGUCCAUCGGGUCAACCACUCUGGUUCCGUCGAACAUGCGGGGGAAGCUCGGCGGGCUUUUCAACACGGCGGAAAGCCUUGGUCGCUUCAUAGGUCCGGCCGGCUAUGCGAUUGUAUACGCAUGGUCUGUGUCUCCCUCCACGCUUGACGCUUUCGGUGGCUGGGUGGACCACCGCUUCGUGUUCUACGCGUCCGCUGCGGCUCUGGCUUUGGUGGCAGCACUCGCCUGGAGAACGCUCACUACGGAGAACUUGAUGAAGCCAGACGGCUGUCGUGGCACGGAUUCAAAUGCGAACGUCGUUGGUGUUAGUGUUUGA